UCUGCUGCGUCGAGGGGAUGAGCUCUUCUCGGUUCGAAUGAUCCAUUCGUUUGUUCCACGUAUGAAGAACUGCGAGGUGAUCGCAGCCGAGGCAUCCGCAGAAACGAGGCGAAAUCACAGCCGUCGCCGUGCACGAAAGUGAGAAACGUCCCGCGCCAACCGAGUUUUUAAACCCUCGGGACUGAAAUUAUGGUCGAGACCGUUCUCGAUACGCGAUAUCUGCAGCGUUGAUCGCGCGCCGUGUCGACGACGAUCGGGGAAGUUUUUUUCCCCUCCCCUCUCCUCCGCCUCCCCAGUAUAAGUGCAUCACCGAAGAACGGCGACGGCGAGCUUGUGCGAUCUCUUGACGAAGUGCGAGCGGCGAGUGCGAUGUAAAUAAAUUUAUAUACAACGUAGUGUGUACGCCACGAGAGAUCGUGAACACACACAGCUGUGCGAGAGAUCCCGCGAUUUUCGCGUGAGCCCUCUUUCCCCCUCCUCUCUCUUGUUGUUCGUCGUACGACAGGGAGCGAUAUCGAAAUAAGAAACUGCGUGAUAUAUAUCGACGCGAACCGUUAGUCGCGCACAUACACGCACGCAUCACGGAUCGCGAAGGAGAGAAAGAGAGAGAAAGAGAGAGAGAGAGAGAGAGAGAGAGCAAGAGCGAGAAGGCUGGAUUCGAUUUUUUUUCCAACACUCACGCUCCUGUGCGCGUCUCUUUCGUGCGUCUCGUUUUUCGCGCGACUUCCUUGCGUCAUUAUCGCACGAACGAAGAUCCAGUCAGCAGGCCCAAUUGUCUCGUGUUUUGUUUCUCGUUGCGUGCGUGCGUGCGAGCGAACGAGCGAGCGCGACAGUACGAUGUUUCGAGCGUCGUGCGCUUCGUGAGAGUCCGAGCAUCUUCGCAGAGAGAGAGAGAGAGAAAGAGAGACGAGAAACGAGAGUUCUUCUCGUCCGCUCUCUCACAAGCUCUAGCACAAAGCCGCGUGGAGACGUGAAAAUUUUAGGAGAAAGCGAAGAAUAUAAUCCACGAGAAAUUUCUUCUCACCCCACCCCCGCGACGAUCUCCCCAGUUCGCAGGCGUAGAUAAGUUAUAAAACGUUUGGAGGACACCACUUCUCUGCUCCUCCUCCUUCUUCCCCUUGUCUCUGGAUCGCGUAAACAGCAUCGCGCAAGGAUGGCAUCGUCCACGGUAGCUGUUCCGUCCGGUGCCGCCACGGUACCGCCGACCGCGAACAACAAUAACAAUAAUAACAGCAUCGCCUCAGCUGGCUCCGAGGAGAUCGACGGCGGUGAUAUAUUCGGCGAUCGUAGCGUCAACUCCGUCGGUGGCUAUAACAACACCGUCAAUCCUGGUGAUGCCCUAGAGGAGAUGACCUGUGGCAACAGCGAGACCAGCGAUCAAGGUUGCGCCUUGUGUAUGAGCAAACUGUGCUCGCCCAGGGUGCUCUCCUGCCUUCACGUAUUCUGCGAGGCCUGUCUGGACAAGCUCCUAAUGGACGAGGCGGGUGACUCCAAGGUGGGCUCUGUCAUAAGCUGUUCCAUAUGCCACCAAGAGACUUCCGUUAGUUCUAAGGGCGCUGCGUCGCUCAUGUGCGACUAUGUUCUCACAAAUAUACUGGACAUGUCCGCUAUCGAAAACAUGGCAGUACUAUGUACCUCGUGCAAGGCCAAAGAAAGCGCGGUGGCGCGCUGUUCGGAUUGCGCCAAUUUUUUGUGUCCAAAUUGCAACACGGCGCAUCAGUUUAUGCGUUGCUUUGAGAAUCAUAAAGUAGUUGCCUUUGAAGAUUUAAAGCAAUCCAACGAAGCUAUUCCAAUACACAAGCCAAUAUUCUGUGAAUGUCAUCCUGCUGAGAAUAUGAAGUUCUACUGUUACACGUGCCAGGAACCUAUAUGCAAUGAGUGUCUACUUGUGGAACACAAAGCACCAGAGCAUCAAUACGAACGAUUAACAGAUGCUGAACCACGACAGAAAGAAGAAUUAAGAAGUUUAAUGACUGAAAGUAAAGCAAAAAUCACUGAAUGCGAUCAAGUAUCACAACAACUGGAUAAUGCACUCAGCGAGUUGCAAGUACAACAUGACCAAGCAAAAGAUCUUAUUAUGGAGACUUUUCAAAGUUACAAGGCCAUACUGGAGAAAUGCAAAGAUAAUGCAUUAAAUGAACUCGAGAAAUUGCAUUCAAACAGAGAACUUGAAAUAAUGGACACUUUUCAUAGUGUUGAGAAGACAGUUGAAAAAAUAGAGGACGCUUGUCGUUUCACUUUGAGACUUCUAGAACACGGCGAUGCGGUAGAAAUCUUAGCCCUUCGUCGUAUUGUGGGGGCUCAAUUAGUGAACUUAAUAAAAAACACACCGAAACAUAAUGUUACAUUCUCUAUUGAGUUUCGAACCGAUUAUGAUCAAUUUGAGAAAACUAUAAAGGAAGUAUUUGGAAAAUUUCAUACUGAAAGCACACCCGAAGUGAAAGCUAUCCCUGAACCAGUCUCGACGGGAGUAACUACGAAUCAACAAAUAGUUCACACCACUUCAAUAGGUUGUCCGAGUUCCAUCAGCACAAGCUCUCCCAUUUCACUACCUACGUCGAUGCAAUCCUCGUUUGAAGGUGAACCUUCCUUUGUUAUACCACCAACUUCGAGUCCUCAAAAUAUUCCUCCUCCUCCACCACCCGUGUCUCUUCCUCCACCAGGUACAGUUCCCAUUCACGGACUGACUAGCAUUCAAGAGUACAAUUUACAACAACUGGCUAGUCUGGCGGAAAAAGUCGAGAUGGGCGAUACCGGUGUGGUCGGACCUAGCUCAAGUCCUAGUCCAACUCCGUCCUUUACUUUGGCAGAUUUAUUUGCUGGAGAUUUAAGUUCAACGAGUCACGCCAUUAAUAACUUGCAAGCUCUUGCAAAGUUGGGAAACACUCUUGGUAACCAAGAUCUGGGAAAUGCAACCAUUAAUGGCGGUGGUGGAUUGGUAUUGGGACGUGGACCCUCACCAGCCAUUGUGGACACUCCGACUUUGGGCACCUUGGCUGCCAAUAGUCUUUUAAAUGGAGGAUUUCAAUCAUUGUCCUCUUCCACUUCGCCGAUACUUUCACAGAGUGCAGAUGACUUAAUAAGUGAUUCUAUACAUAAUAUGCCUGUAGUGGUGGGGAAUACCGUUGGCAAUGUGCCCGGUACUGGAACAGGCAAUUAUCCUGCUCAUCCGAGGUCUCAGAAUACAAAACUGACUCCUAUGCAUAUCCGAAGCAAGUUUGGGCAAUUAGGACCCAGUAAAGGACAGUUCAACUCGCCUCAUGGAUUUUGUCUGGGAACUGACGAGGAUAUUAUAGUUGCUGACACAAAUAACCAUAGAAUUCAGGUAUUUGAUAAGACUGGUACCUUCAAAUUUCAAUUUGGCGUUCCUGGAAAGGAAGAAGGACAACUAUGGUAUCCUCGGAAAGUAGCCGUAAUGAGGAAUAAUGGAAAAUUUGUUGUCUGCGAUCGCGGAAACGAGCGAUCCCGAAUGCAAAUAUUCACAAAGAAUGGUCAUUUUAUAAAAAAAAUUGCUAUUCGUUACAUCGAUAUCGUAGCUGGCCUAGCUGUUACCAGCCAAGGGCACAUUGUGGCUGUUGACAGUGUGUCGCCAACUGUGUUCGUAAUCAGUGAUACCGGAGACCUCUUAAGAUGGUUUGAUUGCAGUGACUACAUGCGAGAACCAAGUGAUAUUGCUAUCAGUGGCAAAGAAUAUUUUGUGUGCGACUUUAAAGGACAUUGUGUCGUCGUCUUCAACGAAGAAGGUAAAUUUUUGCGUCGCAUUGGCUGUGAGAAUGUAACAAACUUCCCUAAUGGGAUUGACAUUAGCGACGCAGGAGACGUGUUAAUAGGAGAUUCGCAUGGUAAUCGUUUCCAUGUAGCUGUCUUCUCUAGAGCUGGUUCUUUAAUUUCCGAAUUUGAAUGUCCAUAUGUAAAGGUGUCUCGAUGUUGCGGGUUGAAGAUAACUUCGGAAGGAUAUAUUGUAACACUGGCCAAAAACAACCACCAUGUCCUUGUGUUGAACACUCUUUAUAUAUUAUGAAGUGGAAUCAGCGAGUAAGUAUGUUGUAACUUCCUUCUGCAAGUGGAAACCUUCUUGGAAACUGCUCUCAACGAAAGAUAAGAAAGACAUUGCCCAAGGCAUUGCGUUUCGAAUUUUGGGCCUAUUGAAGCAAUAGAUACAAGUGCAGCAUGCAGCUUUAAUAGUUGUAAAAAUAAUAAUAAUAAUGAUAAUGAUAAUGCGUCCCCGUUUUAUGAAAGUAAAUACUGUUGAAAAAAAUGCAGAAAGAUAAUGUACGUCUCCGACCAAACAGUAUAAAUAGUAACUUAGCAACUUGAAUUUUGGUAAACUGCCAAAGUAAAUUAAAUUAAUUAAGUAAAACCCAAGUUUUAAAGGAGAGAAGCAGUAAGCUAUGUCAACCAACCGACAAGUUGAGUCGCUUGUAGUAGAGAAAGCAAUUUACAAUGGCCUUCCGUCAAAAAUUGGUUGUUGUACAUCAUUUUUGACAUGUCAGUAUUUUAAGUAUGUUUACAAAUCAAAUUAUUCUAGUCUCCAACGAGCACUUUUUAUAUAUAUAUGAUAUAAUUUCAAUUCGUGCUCGAAAAUAAGACGUUCUCGUCUUGAGUUUUAUUAACCUGAUAAGAAUGUUUGUCUUCUUAGCCCUAACAGACGCUUCAAUAUAUAAGAGUGCACAGAUAAUAUUUAAAAGAAGAAAAACUUUUUCCUUUGUAAGAACUUCAAAGUGAAAACAACAACACUAAAAAUAACGACAAAAAAAAAAGAGAAACUCGGCAGGAUAAAUUUUACGAUGAGAAGGAUCAAAAUUUUCCGCUUAAUAGAAAAAAAAAACGAAAAAAAAAAUACGUUGCAUGCUGCGAGGUAGUCAGUAGUAUACUUCCUAUUCUUAUCAUAUCGUAACUCUAAAAGAAGGGAAUGAAAGGAUACUCCUCAUUGCAGCAGGCACCGAAUGCUUAACAAGAGCUAUAUGUUCCUCAUUUCUUUCUGCGCGUUUGAAAAAAAAAAAAAAUGAUAGUUGAGAACAUUUAAUAUAAAAACGACGUUAAUGUGCAAGGAAUAGAUUAUGGUAUGUUGAAAAUCAAACAUUUAAAAUCUUAUAUAAGAGAAAAUGUCGUACAGAGAGAGAGAGAGAGAAAGAGAGAGAGUAAUACUUUGAGCAUAAAAACAAGUGAAAUAAUUAUUUACAUUUACGAGAAACAAAUCGAGUAGAUCCCAUUUGUGCAUUGUUAAAAUUUAGACGGGACACAUAAUGUGGUUACAAUAUUUACUCAGGAUGCUUUAUUAUGGUCCACCAUAUGAAUAUGAUAUAUAUGCGUGUGUGAAUUAUUGGUUCGUGGUGCUAGUGAAUAAUAAUGUAUCCAUGUAAAUGUAUAUUUGUUAUGAAAUUACAGAAAUCCUUCCCGCGCAUUUUUUACAAUGCAAGAAAGGGAACGAUUUCGUGUAAUAAAUUAUUAUAUAUGGUUCGUAAGUACAUAUAUAUAUUAUAUAUAUAUACAUACCACCGGUAUCAUAGGGACGAUACUUUAUCUAUACAUAAAAAAAAAAAAAAAAAAAUAACGUACAGUUUGCUAUAAACAACCUCUAUUUGUGUAUAUAUUAACGUAAUCCAUGAUGAAGAGAAAAAGAAAAACCACAUGAGACAACAUACAUAUAUAGAAAUACACAUAUUUUUUAGGGUUGUUUACAUGAUCAGCCUUAAGAUUUGAUUGAACUAAAAUGCAAUGUGUAUAUAUAACAUGUACGUCGGAUAUUUGGCAGAUUGCUACACUGUGUUACCUUACAUUAUCUACAAUAAUGUUUAAUUACAAAUACUAUCUUGCCAUACCAAAUGCUAGGUAGCACAUCCAUAUACACAAUAUAUAUAUACAUAUACAUAUAUAUAUACACAUAUAUAUAUAUUUAUACUUGACUAGCUUUAUCGGAUUCGUUUGCAUACAGAAAAAUUAUUGAUAAACGUCUGAUUUUCAUUAUUCUUGUGAAACAAGUAACAAAAAAUUAGACGAACGAGAAAGAUAAACUAGAAAAAAAAAAAAACGGGCAGUUAGGAGGCUAUUUUAAAGUUUGCGCGUAAAACAUCGGCAUUAGUAAAAUUGCACGAAGCCUACAUACAUACACCUAAAAAUAAAAAAAAAUAAAAAAAAAAACUAAUCAGUCGUACUCAUCUCUCGUAUAACGUUAGAAGUUUUAAUUUUAUAUAUAAAACAGAAAAAAAGAAAAGAAAAAACUAAUUCUGAAAUAUUUAAUAGUCAUGGUUAUAGCAGAGUUAUAUAAAUAAUGCCUGUGAUAAUAGUAUCGUCAGGAUAAGUUGUGUCCUUAAAGAGUCUCUGAUGUUGUUGCUAGGUAAAUAUUGAUUAGAAGUCUAUCAACGUGAGACAACUAUUGAUGCCGUCUGGCAGGGUGUUAUUACAGGCACAAAGACACCGUACUGCGGACUCGUCGAUCGUCUCUAAUGAUAUACGUUAAAUAUAAAGAAAAAAAAAAA